GCAGGUGCCCUGUGCUCAGCUCUGGCUGGGAGAGAGAAGGAAAGGCUCUUGGGGGACGUUGGGGAGUGGGCGGACAAGAGCCUCAGGGCAUCAGUGGGGCCCCUGACCAAGCGGAGGGCCGUGUCCCAGUCAUACGGGCGGCACCUCCUCGCUGUCUGCAUAUCAGCAUAUCAGGGUCCCUCCCUCCCUCCUCAUUGGGAUGCAGGCUCCUGGUAUCCAUCUGAGUAAGCCAGCCAGAGAGACCGGCUGUGUCAGAAGCAAGCAAACAAGUAUUAGGGUGCAAGGCUGUGGGCGGGGAGAGGGAGCCCGAGCCGCCAGCGGAGAGUUCCAGGGAGGGAGAAAGAGCCCAGGUGGAUCCCAGAGAGAACUGAGCCCUUCCUGAGGUCUACCCUGCCCUCCGCCCAGAAGCCCAGCCUUGCCUGGCCUGCCACUGUUUCUCUCCAGGCCGGCUGCUGCUGCGGUCAGCGUUGCGGAGAGCGUCCCUUCUUCCCUCUCAUCAUGGCAGUGUACCGCUUGUGUGUGACCACUGGUUCCUAUCUGAAGGCUGGCACUCGGGACAACAUCUCCGUCACACUGGUGGGCACGUGUGGUGAGAGCCCCAAGCAGCGGCUGGAUCGUGUGGGCAGGGACUUUGCCUCUGGAUCGGUACAGAAGUACAAGGUGCGCUGCUCAGAGGAGCUGGGAGAGCUCUUGCUGCUGCGUGUACACAAGGAGCGCUUCGCUUUCUUCUGCAAGGACUCCUGGUACUGCAGCCGCAUCUGUGUGACUGCCCCGGAUGGCAGCGUUUUCCACUUCCCCUGCUAUCAGUGGAUUGAAGGCUUCUGCACCUUGGAGCUGAGGCCAGGAACAGCAAGAACUAUUUGUCAGGACUCCCUUCCCCUCCUCCUGGAUCACAGGAUGCGGGAGCUCCAGGCCCGGCAGGAAUGCUACCGCUGGAAGAUCUAUGCCCCUGGCUUCCCCCGCAUGGUGGAUGUCAGCAGUUUUGAGGAAAUGGAGUCAGACAAGAAAUUUGCCUUGACCAAGACGGCACCUUGUGCAGAACAGGCUGACAGCAGUGGGAAUCGGUACCUACCUGGCUUCCCCAUGAAAAUUGACAUCCCAUCCCUGCUGCACAUGGAGCCCAAUAUUCGCUACUCAGCCACCAAGACUGCCUCGCUGCUCUUCAAUGCCAUCCCUGCGUCCUUGGGCAUGAAAUUUCGAGGACUGUUGGAUCGCAAGGGCUCCUGGAAGAAACUGGAUGACCUCCAGAACAUCUUCUUGUGCCACAAAACUUUCACCACAGACUAUGUCAAGGAGCACUGGCAUGAGGACCACUUCUUCGGGUAUCAGUACCUGAAUGGCGUCAAUCCUGUCAUGCUCCAUUGCCUCUCCAGCUUGCCCAGCAAGCUGCCUGUCACCAGUGACAUGGUGGCCCCUGUACUGGGACAGGGCACCUGCCUGCAGACAGAGCUAGAGAGGGGGAAUAUCUUCCUAGCGGACUACUGGAUCCUGGCGGAGGCUCCUACCCAUUGCCUAAACGGCCGCCAGCAGUACGUGGCCGCCCCGCUCUGCCUGUUGUGGCUCAACCCCCAGGGGGCGCUGGUGCCCUUGGCCAUCCAGCUCAGCCAGAUGCCCGGGCCCGAUACCCCCAUCUUUCUGCCCACUGACUCCGAUUGGGACUGGCUGCUGGCCAAGACGUGGGUGCGCAACUCUGAGUUCCUGGUGCACGAGAACAACACGCACUUUCUGUGCACGCAUCUGCUGUGCGAGGCCUUCGCCCUGGCCACGUUGCGUCAGCUGCCGCUUUGUCAUCCCGUCUACAAGCUCCUGCUUCCCCACACUCGCUACACGCUGCAGGUGAACACCAUCGCGAGGGCCACGCUGCUCAACCCCGAGGGCCUCGUAGACCAGGUCACGUCCAUCGGGAGGCAAGGUCUCCUUUACCUCAUGAGCACGGGUCUGGCCCACUUCACCUACACCAAUUUCUGCCUUCCGGACAGCCUGCGGGCCCGCGGCGUCCUAGCCAUCCCCAACUACCACUACCGAGAUGACGGCCUGAGGAUCUGGACAGCCAUCGAGAGCUUUGUCUCAGAAAUCGUGGGCUACUAUUAUCCUGGUGAUGCAUCUGUGCAGCAGGAUUCGGAACUGCAGGCCUGGGUUGGCGAGAUUUUUGCUCAGGCAUUCCUGGGCCGGGAGAGCUCAGGCUUCCCAAGCCGGCUGUGCACCCCAGGAGAACUGGUGAAGUUCCUCACCGCAAUCAUCUUCAACUGUUCCGCCCAGCAUGCUGCUGUCAACAGUGGUCAGCAUGACUUUGGGUCCUGGAUGCCCAAUGCCCCGUCAUCCAUGAGGCAGCCUCCACCCCAGACCAAGGGGACCACCACCCUGAAGAGUUACCUGGAGACGCUCCCGGAAGUGAACAUCACCUGUAACAAUCUUCUCCUCUUUUGGUUGGUCAGCCAAGAGCCUAAGGACCAGAGGCCACUGGGUACCUACCCGGAUGAGCACUUCACUGAGGAAGCCCCCCGGCGGAGCAUUGCUACCUUCCAGAGCCGCCUAGCCCACAUCUCAAGGGAUAUCCAGGAGCGGAACCAGAGCCUGGCACUACCCUACACCUACCUGGACCCUCCUCUCAUCGAGAACAGCGUCUCCAUCUAGCCUCCUCAUACUACCCCAGAAGAAAGAAAGGUCCGAGCAUGAGGAGGACCAGCUUCUCAGGGUCCUCCAAACCCUUCCAUCCUCCCUGUUUUCAGUCAGCCUGAACAUUUCCUUCUGCAUUUGGGGACAUUUUCCAGGCAAGAUGGUUCUGGCAUCACAUGGACUAGGGCCUAACCCGUGAGAUACCAGUAUAGCAGCGUCCAGGGUGAGAAGCCGCUGACUUAAGUCAAAUGCACAAUAGCCUCUCCAAAAGAAAGAAACCCCUUCAUCCCUUGCUCUACUUUGGGCAGCCUUCUCUUCCAGACUCUUGUAGGAAUCUCCCUCUGCCCAUUGGGAUGCCCAGCUUGGAUUUCUGAGCUCCCCCGCUUAGUCUUCCCUUAUCUCCAGACUCCCCUACUGUGUCAUUUUGCUUCCCUUUUCCUCCAAGCCUUGGACCAACCAACUUAGCUUCCUUGUCAGAAAGAGCCUGGAAACUGGGCACAGAAGGGCUAUGUGCCCAGGUUGGUGAACCCCUAUGCUUCUUUUAAGGGGCAUCUUUAGGGGAGAGGAAGAAUUAGAACCCAGCUUACUGGGAUCUCUUACUGCAGUUCUCAGGGACAGCCUCCUCGGCUUGGGUGUGUGUGUGGGGACCUCCCUUCAGCUGUUGUUCUACCCCACUGACAUCCCAUUUGUUCUUUUUGUCUUUGAGUCCAGUGAGUUCAAUAAAAAUCAAUAUAUUUGGCUCUUA